UGCAGAGAAGAAUGAAACCCUGCAGUGAAUGUCUGUUCAUUACUUGCAGGUGCUGCGAGAUGCAGUCCUGGAGAACCAAACUGAGGCAAGCUUUGUUACUUGUGCAGAACCCAAGGCAAUUGCAACACAUCACCUGGACGAGUUGUCUCGCCAGAUGUGCCCACAUCUCCGCCAUUUUGUGGUGUUCUCCAGUGUAUCCUGCGGGCGUGGUAAUGCAGGACAAACGAACUACGGCAUGAGCAACUCAAUCAUGGAGCGCAUCUGUGAGGCCCGCAUCAGAGAUGGGUUGCCAGGCCUUGCUGUGCAGUGGGGUUUAGUGGGGGAUGUGGGACUGGUGGCAGCGGUGCAGGAGAACCAGAAAUACGUAAAGACCGGAGGAACCUUACCACAGAGAAUUGCAUCGUGUCUCGAGGUGCUCGAUGGAUUCAUGAGGCUGUCAUGCCCUAUAGUGUCAAGCAUGGUUGUGGCAGAAAAAGAUGCAGGUAGUGAUGGACGUGCGACAAUGGUGGACUGUGUCAGUGAUAUUAUGGGUAUCCGUGAUUUGAAGACUGUUAGUCCAAAUUCCACAUUAUCAGAUCUUGGGAUGGACUCCUUGACAUCUAUGAAGAUUCAACAAUCCCUUGAGCAAGAAUUUGGAGUGUUUCUCCCACCAGGACAGAUUCGUAGCUUGACAUUCACAUGCCUUAGUGACAUGGCUGCAAACAAGCAGGAAGAACAAUCGUCACAAGCUCUGUCUGUUGAUGAUGGACCUAUUGAGGGGCUGCAGUUGUUGCUGCAUGUGACAGGAGAUGAGGCAUCUGCAGCGCAGCCUGUUGUGCACCUGCCAUCAGCAGCUGGAGCUGAACCAGAUACAGCAGAUGAUGUGAAGGCUGGACCAUUGCUUUUCAUGUUAACUGGGGCAGAAGGAGUUGCAUGCAUCCUUGAGCCUCUGGCGAAGAACCUCAAGUACCAGAUAGUGUGCCUACAGCUGAACUACAGAGACAUUGGACAGACAAUUCAAGACAUAGCACAGUCCCUGGUACCGGUAUGUCUAGCUCACCUUUUAAAUAAUCCUUUCACUGAUCCAGUUAAUUUACAACAUUUCUACAGAAUAUCAGAAUUAUGCAGGAAUUAA